AUGGAAGGAAAACCAAGAAGUGUUUCCAUUCUCCUCUUCCUUUCCAUCCCCUGCAUUUUCCUUUCCCUCUCCACCACCACUCUCUCCACUUCACUGCAGUUCCAAACCCUAACCCUCAACUCCCUUCCUAACAAACCCACUCUCUCAUGGGCCGACACCGUACCCGAAUCCGAAACCCAAACACUCACCGACCCAACAAUAUCAGAAGACUCCACCACCACUUCUCUCUCCGUACAGUUACACCACAUAGAUGCCUUGUCUUCAGACAAAACCUCUGAAGAUCUCUUCUACUCAAGACUUGCACGUGAUGCCGCACGUGUCAAAUCUUUAACUUCUCUUGUUGCAGCCGUUGGCGGUAGAAACCAUACUCGCGCUCGCCGCCCUGGGUUCAGUAGUUCUGUUAUCUCAGGACUCGCUCAAGGGAGUGGAGAGUACUUCACGCGCCUCGGUGUAGGGACCCCAGCAAGAUACGUCUUCAUGGUGCUCGACACUGGAAGCGACGUUGUUUGGAUCCAGUGUGCUCCGUGCAAAAAAUGUUACUCUCAAACCGACCCGGUUUUUGACCCGACUAAAUCCAGAUCCUUCGCUAAUAUCCCCUGUGGGUCACCCUUGUGUAGGAGACUUGAUUCUGGAGGUUGCAGCACGAAAAAGCAGAUUUGUCUCUAUCAAGUGUCUUACGGCGACGGUUCGUUCACAUUUGGUGAUUUCUCAACUGAAACGUUGACGUUUAGAGGUUCUAGAGUUGGUCGCGUGGCGCUUGGUUGUGGGCAUGAUAAUGAAGGGCUUUUUGUUGGUGCUGCUGGGUUGUUGGGACUUGGUAGGGGAAAAUUAUCCUUUCCUUCACAAAUCGGUCGCCGGUUCAACCGUAAGUUUUCUUACUGUUUGGUGGAUCGGUCUGCUUCUUCUAAACCGUCUUCUAUGGUUUUUGGUGACUCUGCUAUUUCAAGAACCGCCCGGUUCACUCCUUUGUUGUCGAACCCGAAAUUAGACACCUUUUAUUAUGUUGAGCUUCUCGGGAUUAGUGUCGGUGGAACGCGUGUCUCUGGGAUCACAGCUUCUUUAUUCAAACUUGACACUACAGGAAAUGGUGGGGUUAUAAUAGAUUCGGGUACUUCGGUGACCCGGCUGACCCGGCCUGCUUAUGUGGCUCUACGGGAUGCUUUCCGGGUCGGAGCAUCCAGUUUGAAACGGGCACCGGAAUUCUCAUUGUUUGACACGUGUUUUGAUUUGUCUGGGAAGACGGAGGUGAAGGUGCCAACAGUGGUCCUACAUUUUAGAGGUGCUGACGUUCCAUUGCCGGCGUCGAACUAUUUGAUACCCGUGGAUAACAGUGGGAGUUUUUGCUUUGCGUUUGCAGGUACAAUGAGUGGAUUGUCAAUAAUCGGAAAUAUCCAACAACAAGGUUUCCGUGUUGUGUAUGACUUGACGGCCUCACGGAUCGGAUUUGCUCCCCGUGGAUGUGCUUAG